CGUAACGGAUCUUGUCAAAUUUUGUCUCAUGAUGGUUUGGUAUUGAUAAUAUAUUCAUUAUACCUAGAUAGAUGAAUUUGGCUUAAACAAGGCCUGCUCGUAUUUUGGUUAUAAUUACAAAUAUUUAUGUUUUAACAGUUUACAAUUUAAUUUCGUAUUUUUGUUGAGUGGAUACUUAUAAUUACUUAAAAAUGGAACCAAUGACUUUAGGGAGUCCUACUCAUUCUCCUUCUGGAAGUCCAAACGUGGGUUAUUUACCGCCGUUUUUAUUAGGAGAAAUAAACCCUCCACCUUUGUCAAGCUUAUCACCUCGACCAAAUAGCUUAUCCCCUACAAAAGGUCGUAGUCUAGCUUUCGGUUCACCUACAAGCCCGACACAAACUUCAACACCAGAUCAGAAAAUGUACAGGCAGAAUAUGUCAAUUCAUCAACAGGCUCUUUAUAACCAGCAACAAAAUUUAUUUGCUAAUAUACCAACAUCACCUAAUAUUUCAUAUUCUAACAAAGCAAAUGGACCACCAAUAGAAGACUUAUUUGAUACAAUUAAGAGCAAUGAGCCUUCGGCUAACAAAUCACUUUUUCAAGAAAAUAGUUUCAUAGGGUAUGGGAAUAAUAACUCAAUGAUGCAGAAUUCUUAUGUUAAUAAUAUAUCUGUGAAUAACCAGUCUUUGACAAACCAGUGGCAAGACGGCUGCCAGGAGCAGGAUGAGUACUGGAUAACUGUGUUUGGUUUUCCUCCUAAUGCUGCAAACACAGUUUUAGCAAGAUUCAGUAAUUGUGGUGCCAUACUGGAUAAACAAUAUCCCACACAAGGUAAUUGGGCUCAUGUUCGAUAUGCUACUAGAGCUGAAAAGGAGAGGGCCAUGGCCCUCAAUGGAAGACAAGUGCUACCUGGUGUCAUGGUUGGCGUAGUGGAGUGUAGAGAACCUCCUCGCAUAAAUGUUGCUAGCCCAGGGACUUUUACAGAAAGGCAAACUACAGCAAGAUCACUUUGUCCUACACCAAUUCCAUCAGCUCCAGUACCUCAGAGGUCCACUGGUCUCAUAUCAAAAGCAUUAGAUUAUGUACUUGGCUGGUGACAAACACUAUACUACAGACCUUUGAAUAAUUUGUUUUAUACCUGGAAAUGGAAUGAAAUGUAAUUGAUGUACAAAUGACUGAAUCUAAAUGUAUAUAAACAAUUACUAUGUUUUAUUAGGGCAAUUGAAGACAAAUAAAAUAUCAUGUAA